AUGUUCGACCUGGAUACGAUCGUCUUCCCCACGGACGUUCCCUACCGCUGGAUUGUCGACAGCCUGCAUGGCAAGGAUAAGCGAUGGGAUCAACUCAUCAGUAAAUACGAUAUCAUCUCAGCUGUCGCUGAGCCCAUUUCUGGAGCCGGUUUCCUGUCGAAUGUACUGAGAGUCAAGUUCUUUUUUGGCGGAAAAGAACAAGUUUUUAAUGCAAUUUUAAAAGUUCCAACAAUGGCGCGGAUGGCGCAGUUCAAGGAGGGAGAGGUGAGCUGAGAUUUGUAUAAAUCUUUGGCCUUCAACAUUCGACUUUUUACAAGAGGGAAAGGGAAAGUUACUAGUCCGUUCACUACAGUUGCGGUCCUGAUCCAGUGGCAAAAAAACGUACCAUUUCGCAUCCGAGAAGUAUCAAAAAUGUGGCAAAACGCUUCCCUCUCCAAAUGGAAAAACUUCGGCGCGCCGUUUCCCUCACAAAAAGAGCGGGCGCGCUUUUGAAAUCGGAGUUUUUCACCUGGAAAUGGAGGUAUUUUGCCACAUUUUUAAUACUUCCUGGAUGCGAAAUGGAACGUUUUCUGCCACUGGAUCAAGUCCGCCAUUGCAGAGGGAUUCAAUUAAAUUUUUUUUAUAUGACCUGUGGGCCAGAGGGUUUAAAUGCAUGACAUUUCUUGGAUUACAAAAUUCUGAAAAAUUCAGUUCUUUAGCGAAACCCCACAAUUUUUUAAUGCGUUCACCUUGCACUGAGCAGUUUCUUGGUUUUUGCAUAUUCUUUUUAGGGCUGUCGCUCGCAACCUGACCUUUUCCGCACAGUGUAAAAAUCACUCCAGCGACUCUAGGAACGGACUAGUAUGGGAGAAGCCGAGGGGAUUCGCAGAAAAUUUAAAAGGGAAAAAUCAACUCAAUUUUUAAGCGGGUACAACACUAAAAAUAAGCGAAUUUUGCAUUUUAAGUCAAUAAUGAAAAACCUGCCACUAUGACGUUCCACGAAUUGUUAAUGCUACCUACCCUAAAAAAAUAAAAAUGGGUUGGCCAUUGAUUUAUGUCAUCAUUUCCAGGACUUUGAUGUCUUCGAAGAAUCUCUUCUCUUCUUUCACAACCAAGAAAUCGAAUUUUACACCAGCUUUGCCCGUCAUUGUGAUGUUCUCUACUUCCCAAAGAUGUACGAUUUCAUUAAAAGCGAUCGAGCAAAGAGGGUUCAUGGCAGGAUACUUGCCGAAGACGUUGGACAUCUUGGAGUUCUCCCUGACGUUUUAAAAGGCUUGGACUUGAAAAUGGUGAGCCUGAAUUACAGUGACAGACCUGAUCCAGUGGCAAAAAACGUGCCAUUUUACAUCCGGGAAGUAUCAAAAAUGUGGCAAAAUGCUUCCUUCUCCAAGUUAAAAAUCUUUAAAGAGCGGGCGCGCUUUUGAAAUUGGAGUUUUUCCGCAUGGAGAGGGAAGCAUUUUGCCAUAUUUUUGAUACUUCCCGGAUGCAAAAUGGUACGUUUUUCGCCACUGGAUCAGGCCCUUCGCUGUAUACAUAAAUAAUCUAAAUUUUAGUGCGAAGAAGUGAUGAAGACCUUGGCCAAAUUCCACGCUUUCACUUGCUGUUUCCUCACGCCUGAUCUCAUCCGCCAACUGCAGGAGAUGAAUGAGAAUCAAAUCGAUUACAAAGUGAAUGAAAACCCCUUUCAAAUGGAUCCAUUCUUCGAAGAGCAUCGUGACGAGAUUAUGCAGCUAUCUGAUGGCCAUCGUACCCCUAUAAACGAUGCCCAUUCCCUGUUCGAGAUAGCCCCGAUCAUGGCGCAUGGCGAUUGCUGGGCCAACAACAUGUUCUUCGAGAGGAAAUUGGAUGGGUCUUGUGGCGAAAAACUUUUUACUUUAUUUGACUGGCAACUGACAAAAAUUGGAACGGGUUUAUCCGAUUUGUCGAGAUUUUUGGUGACUUCGGCUAGCUACGAAGUCAUUGAGGAGCAUCUGGAGCACUUAUUGAAACUGUAUUAUAAGACUAUGGAGGAGAGUAUGAACAUAAGAGGGAGAAAAGUUCCUUACGACUAUGAAACGGUAAGGAGAUUUCUAGGAAAGGCUUUUUGUGAGGGAAUUUAAAUCCUCAAGACCCUCAGGUCAUAUAAAAAAUCUCACUUUUUAAUUGAGCCCCUUUACAGUGGCGGACCUGAUCCAGUGGCAAAAAACGUACCAUUUUGCAUCCGGAAAGUAUCAAAAAAUGUGGUAAAAUACCUCCCUUUCCAAGUGAAAAAAUUCCGAUUUCAAAACCGCUCUUUUUGUGAUGGAAAAAGCCCGCCUAGACAUGGCUAGUGGGCCGGGCCGAAAAAAUUUGAAGGGGGCCGGGGCCGGGCCGACCUCUUCCGGCCCCCGGGCACGUCAAGAAAAAAUAAAAGAAAAACGGGCGUCCAAUGAAAAAGCCUAGAAUUUUUUUUGGCAUUCUGACCUGUGCAAAUUCGUUUUUGUCCAAAUGGUUUGCAAUAUUUUGACAUAAAGAUUAAUAGUAAAUCACAAGAUAUUGGUACCAAUAGAAAGCUCGAGAGUUGCUUAAGCUAAUAGAACCAAAAUAUACCCAUAAUCAUAGUGUUUUGAUAGUCUUCCAAGGCGAAGAAUACAGCGUCUAAAUAAAAGUUUGUAUCGACGAUACCGAGUCAGAGAGCACUGGAUGGGGGUAUAGGCUCUACGUCAAAAAAAUCCUUAAACUGUUCUUCGAGUAUCUACACCGGUCUCGUCCCGGUUGAUGGGACAGUUUUUUUGAUAUUCGGCCAUGAAAUUUGCACUAUUUUUAGCCUAGCUUGAACCGUGUUCAGAAAAUGCGUCACGAUGACACCCAUUUAGAAUGUGCCAGCGGUAUAAAAAACAGUUGUAUACGACUACCAGUACUCUCUAGAGUUCCCAUAAAAAAAAUUAGGUUAAACAUUGUUGUUAUGUGCGAUUUGGAUGACAGAUUUUAUGAUUUUUUUUUCGCUGUGAGAACCUUUGCAAUGCCCGAGAUUUCUUGACGUGCCGGGCCGGGCCGCGAUUUUCGGCCCGGCCCGGCCCCCCAGCCAUGUCUAGGCCCGCCCUUCAAAACGGAGUUUUUUUAGUUGGGGAGGGAGGUAUUUUGCUGCAUUUUUGAUACUUCCCGGAUGAAAAAUUGUGCGUUUUUUGCCACUGGGUCAGGUCCACCACUGUAGACAUGGCUUUCCAAAAAUUUUCCGCCCGCCCUCGGGCUUUGAUUUUCAGGCUCGGGCCUGCCCGGUUUUAAAGAAAAUUCGGAUUUUCCAAGAAUUCUCAAAAGUAUGACGAAAUUCCGGAUGGAAUGGCAAGAGUUUCUUGGCUUCCCAAAAUCCGGCUAUGGAGACAAAAAGUCCUGAUAAUUUUGCAUCGUGCGGUUUUGCACAUUUUGGAACAACGUUGCAAAACUUGUGAAAAAAGGGCUUGGGUUUCGACCACGCUUAUUUCGAAAAUCUUAUUCAUUUUUUCUGAUUUGAAAACAGCACCAUCGAAAACCCCCAAAUCGAGUAUUCAUUAAAAAAUUGAAAAAAUGACUGCUUUACAGUACUACCUAACAAUAAGGAAAAAAGUAAAGAUCAAAAAAAAAUUAAUGUCAUUUUCGAAAUCAGAACCCUCGAUUAUCCUAAUUUCGACGCUUGCAUCGAAGAAAAAUAAUACUUUUCGGGUUCCCCAAUCGUCCCAGUUCCAUGCAAAAUUAUCAGGACUUUUUGUUUCGACUAGAUAUUUCCGAAAAAUCUCAUAUUGUCUUGGAUUUUCAGUGCAAAGCCAUGUUCCGAUACGAAUUCCCGAACGAGUUCCUCUUCUGCCUCGUGGUACUGCCAGUGCUGGUCAGCAACACAGACGAUGAGAAGAUUAGAAAGGGGGUGUUGAGAAGGAUGAAAGCCGCCUUUUUCUAUGCCAGAGAUUGUGCCAAAGAAAUUGGAACCAUGUAA